AUGCAGGGUCGAGGUCGCAUAAAUCAACCCGGGAGUCACCCCGAUUUACCUUGGUAUACUUUUCCAAAUGUUGUAGCUCCCAAAGUGAUGAUUCAAUGGAAUGAAAAGCUAGCAUGGUUGAAGGAACGAAAGGUGCACAUGCCUGCAGAAAUCAACUGGAACUGGAUGGAAGAAGUUGGCCUAUCGGAGGCAAUUGAACCAUUUUUAACGAAAUCUUUUGAUGGGGUCCAAGGUUGGUUCAUUUUUAUGGCUUGGAGACGCCUUUUUCACAUCCAAUAA